CUGGCUAACGGCGGGCAUUCCCGAAACCUGGGGCAGCAAUUGCUGCUGACCGAAACCUCGGCUCAACCGGCUGAUGAUUAUCAAGACAACUCCGUGAGAUAUUAAUCUUGCAUCGCCUCUCGACCAUCUCCCGACCUUCAAUCUCCACUUAGCAAAGAUGGGCGCCUCCGACUACAAGUUCGAACACUUCAAUGUCACCUUUCCUGCCGAAUAUGUCGCGCAAGUGCAGAUCGACCGGCCGAAGAAACUCAACGCCUUCACCCCGGCCAUGUUCACUAGCCUAGGCGCGAUCUUCAACAAACUCUCUCACGAUGAGAAUGUCCGCGCCAUCAUUCUCACCGGCAACGGUGAUCGCGCCUUCACCGCCGGACUGGACGUGCAAGCCGCCAGCGACAGCGGCUUCAUGACGCUGGGCAAAGGCGAGGACGUCGCCCGGCGCGGCGUAAAGAUCCAGCGCCAUAUCCAGGAGAUCCAGGACACCGUGACGGCGGUGGAGAAGUGCGAGAAGCCGGUGAUUGCGGUGAUGCAUGGAUAUGCGUACGGCUUGGCCAUCGACAUGACGACCUGCUGCGACGUCCGGAUCUGCGCCAAGGACACGACGUUUUCGGUGCGCGAGGUCGAGAUUGGCAUUGCGGCUGAUGUCGGCACGCUGAGUCGCUUGCCGUAUUCCGGCGUGUCCAUGUCGUUUAUCAAAGACGUUGCUUUGACCGCGCGGGACUGGAGUGCGGAGGAGGCGCUCCGGGUGGGCUUCGUCUCUGCCGUGUAUGAUUCGAAGAAGGAGGCUUUGGACAGGGCUUUGCAUCUCGCCAAGCUAAUUGCAACCAAAAGUCCGGUGGCUGUGCAGGGAACGAAGCAGGUGAUCAACUACUCAAGGGAUCACCAGAUCGUUGACGGGCUGGAGUACAUCAAAGUUUGGAACGCCAGCAUGGUUCAAACAAAAGACACCGAGGAUGCUCUGCUGGCAGGCAUCAAGAAGAAGAAGCCGGUCUUUGCCAAGUUAUAGACGUACAUAGAUUUGCGAAAGAUUCUCAAGAA